CCUUUGUUAGAUAAAUUUCUUUCAGUUCCGUCUCAUAAAAACUUGUUUCCUUUGUUUCGCCCCUAUUUAGCUCCCUGCGUCACUCUGGCAGCUAUUGGAUUAGCCUUCUUCCACUCAGUUUUAGAAAAAUGAAGAAACCCAUUAACUCAACUGCCACUUCAAGCAAAACCUACUUUGAGGAACGCGGAGAAGAAGAAGAAGAAGAAGAAGAAGAGAUUCAAUCUUCGGAAGAAGAGGAAUCUGAUGAUCACAUUGAUUCUGAUGAAGAGGAAGAGAUAGAGGAGGAAUUAGCUGAAGUUACAUUUGAAGAGCUGCAAAAAGCACGUGCCGAUGGUACUGAGUCAGUUUCUCGAAAACACCAUUCAGAGAACAAGCAUCGCCGCGCUAACAAGAAUAGGCCAGUGGAGCUUAGUAGCAAGAAACCAGUGAGGUCAUUUAGACAGGUUAUUCAAGCACCCAAAAAGGUAACUCGUGUUUCUUUUAAAUUUGGUUUUUGUUUUUAAUGGUUUAACAUAUUGGUAGCUGAACAUACAGUAGUGCUUGUUUUUGGAUGGGGUUGGGGAAUGCGUGGAACAGGUUUUAUUGUCUGCUUCUGAGUUGAACGGGGUGGUUUUUUGUAAAGGAAGAAUAUUUGGAUG